CAGGGGAGGCAUGGCGGCCUGUAGUAGUGGCGGACUGAGGCGCCUUCUCCCCAGGGCCUUCAUGCUCGCUCUGUCGCUGUUACUGCUUCUCCAACUUCUGGUCAGUGUGAUCGUGCCGCGCACUUCGACCGGACUUGCUGAGCAGCCCGUUUUCACAGUCAUCAAUAUAAAGGGGGCUGCGCGCCCCGGUGAGUCACCGCGGCCACCAGCAGUUAGCACCGCUGGGCGUGUGGUGCGGGGCUUGGAGAACGGACCAGCAGCUCUGUGGGCUGAGGACGAAUCUGCAGGCGUGGGCGCCUACGAGGAGGAGAAUGAACUGAGUUCACACCAGGUCACUGAUAGAGAGUUAGUGCUUCAGCCGUGGGCAUCAGGACAACCCUCCUUCAGUGCUGAAGUGCAACGUCUUACCCAGUUCAUCACUACACCAGAGGUGAACUGUUCCAGAUGGCUGGGUUCAGAUGGGUCUCGACCUGUGGAGGAAGGUUCAGCGACUCUGUGUAUAAACUACUGGACAAGGGCCAAUACUUGUGUGGCUUACUCCUUCAGUCUGGACGGAAAGGAUGCAGUGUUUCUAGACUCCACGUUAAGCAUAGGAUGUGAGGUGCAUCGCUUUGACCCCAGCAGACGGCUCAGGCAGUCUAGUGGUUCUGGAUUAGGAUCCAUCCAGCAUCAUCAGGCGUGGCUGGAUUGGAGACGCCCCCGCGGUCACCCUCACAGAGGGGGGUUGGGUUCUGUGCCUCGCAGACUGGUGGACAUCAUGGACUCUCUGGGUCACAGAACGGUGGAUGUUCUGCGAGCAAAUCUGGAGAGUGCAGAGUGGCGUGUGCUGGAGAGUUGGGUUGAGGAUGGAACUAUUAGAAAGAUCAAUCAGCUCAUUGUGACCGUACACCUGCAGUGGGCAGGGUUUGAAGUGGGUGGGGCUGAAGUGGAUGUAGUGCGAUUCUGGUACAGCAUACUGAGUGCACUCCACAGCUCAGGGUUCCGUCUCAUUCACUCAGCUUACGGCCACGGACACACAGUACUGAGACAUGAACUUCCUGACACACACAGCUCAUACACACUCAGCUGGGUCAGGACGAGUGAGCAGCUCUAAUCUCUGAUAAUGGACUGCAAAAUCCCCCAGACUCAUCACUCCUCAUCAGGAGCCACUCGAAUCAGCCUCUGAGAUAAAAGACCUAAACUCGUGUGACUAUGCGGCAUGAAACCAUUCCAAAAGCAUAUGCUGAUAAAACAUCAGGUGACCUUUUUGACCUUUUGUUCUUAUUGGACAUUGUAUAUUUGAUUUCAUUUUGCAUAUCACAACCACUAAUUUGAGUGUUGACAGAGUGAGGGGUCACAGGUCCGUACUGUGGCUAGUAUAAAAUUCCUGAAGACAGCACUAUGUAACAUUCGGGGAUUUGGAGACCUCUCUUGUGGAGACAUGUAAUUGCACGCAACAUGCAGAAGAACAUUGUGUAUUGUCAGUUGUGCUUCACACCCCCACGAGUGAGUGAAUCUGAUGAUGAUAAGUGAAAAGAAAAACAACAGUAACACUUUUUAUGUAGGUUACCUAUAUAGGACUUAAUAACACAUGUAUAAGCAUUGAAUAAAAUUGCUAUAAAGGAAUACUUGGCUAUUUGUGAACAACUUACAUAGUUAAUCGCAAAAAAACAUAAGAUGUUUUAUAAAAUGAAUGACAUUGUAUUGACAUAAGAGCCUUUAAACUAAAGCGAUGGACAAUUGUUCUAUUUAACACUGUAACAAAGGAACAUUCCCAAACAAUGGAACUUAAAAAGGAAGAGACCUAGUUAAGAACACCAUGUAUCAGUGUUCUAUAUUUCCACUUGUGUUAAAGCACAAACAUGACGUGUUAAAGAGACCUGUGUGGUUGCAGAUAUGAACAACUCAGUUUUUUAUGUUUGCAGCCACACAGACUCCUUAAUAAAAAUAGGUCAUCGAAUUAAUAAACCCAAUAUACUUUUAAUACUUAAAAACAGACAGGGAACUUCUACUUUUACUCAAGUACAGGAUUUUUGUAUAUGUUAUAUUCAUGCAUAUGUGAGAAACUGUGCAUGAAAAUUAUCAAUUAAGAUUGAGGUCUUCCAUAGAACAUUCCACAGAACUGAUGUGUGGUGCUCUUAGCUAGGCCUCUGCCUUGUAAGUUCCAUUACUUGUCUGUCACUUUAGUUUAAGGCUCCAAAAGUCAAUACAUUUAUGGCAUUAAUAUAGUUAUG